AUGUCGCGUGAAAGAAGGUCGAGGUUCAAGAACCCUCCAGAAAAUGAAGCGCAAGGCGGCGAGACCAGAGCAAAUCCGGGGAAGUUUGCCGAGCCUCGAGCCUCGUCAACCGCAUUCAAGGGAGGUGAUAGACUCUUACUUACAUUGUUCUUGCAGGACAGGUACAGCUUCUGCGGUUGUCAAUUUAGUGCGCAAAUCAGUGGGUUGGGAACGAAGGAGUUCUUGUUGAAGGUGCUAUCAGCAGAUAGAACAAUGGUCGUAUACGCCUUAAUCAUAAUCAACAAAGCCGGCGGGCUGAUCUACCAGCGAGACUUUGCCCAAGGUCUCAACAAGCUCAAUAUCAACGAUUACCUCGUGCUGGCCGGUACAUUUCAUGGAGUCCACGCAAUAACCACCCGUCUCUACCCCCUCUCGCACACCUCUCAAUCCACAAACCCCUCCUCCCAAACCACUAGUAUCCCCACAACCCGCCCCGACGCCCCCUCCGGCAUCGAAGUGCUUGAAACGGAAAACUUUCGGCUACAAUGCUUCUCAACGCUGACCGGCACAAAAUUCCUGCUGUUUACGGAGCCACAGCAGCCGAACGUGGAUAAGAUUGUGGGGAAGAUAUAUGAGCUGUAUGCGGACUAUGUGAUGAAGAAUCCGUUUUAUCAGUUGGAGAUGCCGGUUAGGUGUGAGGCGUGGGAGAGGAGGUUGGUGGGGUAUGUGCGGCCGUUGAAUUCUAGGUGA